CUCACCAUGCCGCCAUCCUACUGGCUGCUCCGGCACUCUGUGGUCAUGUGCUUGUUGCUACACAGCCUGGUGCUGAUGACCCUGUGCUUCCACCAUGCGGCUACGUCCUGCUCGAAACGUUGUUACUGCUCUGAAAGCGAGGGUCCAGCUGGGGGCAAGACCAUGCGCUGCAGUAACCUGCGCCUCACUGAGAUCCCACGGGACAUCCCCAAUGACACACGCCGCCUCUACCUGGACUACAACUUGCUGACCAGCAUCCCUGCCAAUGCCUUCCAGGACCUUCCAUUGCUGGCCGAGCUUGAUCUGUCCCACAAUGAUCUGGCUGUGCUUGAGCCAGGAGCCUUCCGAGGCCUAGGUGCCUCCCUGCAAUUCCUGGACCUGUCCUCCAACCAGCUGUCUACACUGGACCCGGAAGCUUUUGAAGGCUUGAGGGCUCGAUCAAAUCUAACAGGCAACCCCUGGCACUGUGACUGCAGGCUGCAGACAGCCCUUCCGCGCCUUGAUUUGGAGCCUGUGUCUCUUACCGGCAUCGUUUGCCAGACUUCUGAGCCCGAGGAUUCCGGUGCCCAAGGUGUGCCCUUCCUGCUGGCCAAAGACCUGGACCUGUGUGUGGUGCUCAAAAAGACCACGGACGUGGCCAUGCUAGUGACCAUGUUUGGCUGGUUCACUAUGGUCAUCUCCUACCUGGUCUACUACGUGCGGCACAACCAGGAGGAUGCCAGGCGCCACCUGGAGUAUCUCAAGUCUCUGCCCAGCAGGCAGGGCAAGUCUGAGGAGUCUUCCACCAUCAGCACUGUGGUUUGACAGCAGACCACAUGCUCAUCACUACAAGGAGGAAGCUCCUCAGGCACCCAAAGGGCAAUGGGCACACUCAGCAAAUAAGUGCACUAGGCACUAGAGUCUGGCCAGGUAGGGGAGCCCACCAAUAAGCAGAUUAACGUCUCUGGAAAGGGCACGUUUGGCGGCCUGCUGAUGCUCUUACCCACUCUCCAAGGUUCAGUCCAUCUUUGCAGAUCAGUCAAAGCAACCAGGCUCAACGACUGAAUGAGGAAGAAGAACUAGAGAAACUUCAGCUGUAAGUCGUCCAUCUCAGGCUCAAGGGUAAAGAUGGGUCCUCCUGGGGGAUCUACAGGCCAGUGUGCAAGGCCUCCUCCAGAACUUCCACUGCAGCAGGAGAAUUGCAGAGGCCAUCUAAUCUCAUCUAGCUAAAUAAUUGAUCCAGGAGCGGCCAGGCUCCGAGUCCACGUUAGCUGAGUGGUCUGUCUGCACUGGACGCUUUUAAAGGAGGGGUUGUUGUUUCUUUCCUCGUCAACCCAGCAAUCUUUUUUUGGAAAGGUCCCCAUUUAGUUGCAGGAGCAUGUAGCGUAAAGCACUCUCUUUCUUCCUUCAGGGUAUUAACAAGAGAAGUCCUGGUGUAUAUCUCUGCAGACUGCAUCAAAGCCUACACCAGAGCCGCACACGAACUUGCACAUCAAUCAUUUCUAAGGUGUUCUGUAUAAAUGCCUAGCACCCUACUGCGCAAAAGUCCAGAAACGGUAUCUUUUUUUACAGUAUUUUGUUCUGAUGUGUAUUGUAAAGGUUUUAGAAAAGAAAGAUAUGUAAGUGCUUUCUUUGUCCUGAGUCACAAUCCCAACAAAGCUAAUGAUGAAACAUGAGUGAAAGAGACCAACUGGUUCAUUGUUUUUCUGACUCUAGGCUUUUUCAGAGGAAAGACCACGGGUGGUAGUUUGAUGAUCCCAUUGAAAAAUGACUCCAUUGAAAAAGCUUUUAGGUUUAAAAUGCUGUGAUGUUGACUUGUGCUCUGUAGAGGAAUUGUAAGCUGCUAUAAAACAUCCAGCACUGCGUAAAUUUGUAGUUUCUCAAUUUGGCAUUUAAAAUGCUCCCAUUCAGUACACACCUGAUUCAAACUCUGCAUCUGUCAGUCAUAUGUUCUGAUUUCUAGCUGUGUGUAGUUCUGGGCGAUAUAUUGACUGUACCAGUGUACUACGUUACACUAGUCCAAAAGUAUCUAGACACCCCUUCUAAUAAGGGAAUUCAGCUUCUUUAGGGUUCACAAAUUGCUGCAUCAGAUUUUUAAAUGUGCACACACAACUUAAGCUCCACAGAAUAGCAUUGACCAAUAGGAUAGGACACUCUGCAGGAGCCGUACAUGAGCCAAGGGUCACCCUGUCAGCUAGAGGGGUAUAAGGGCCCCCAGCAUUGGACUAUGGAGCAGUGGAACUGCAUUCUCUGAAGUGAUGACGCUCCAUACCUUUGGGAUGAGCUGUAUAGGCUUUCAGAAGAGUAGAUGCUGUUACUGCAGGAAAGGGGGACAGAGGAUGAGCAGGUGUCUAUAAACCUUUGGACAUACAGUGUCACGUACAAUAAGAUUGAGCUUUUCAGAUCAAGUAAUAUUUUUAGCAAUAUUUUUGAUACAUAAUGAGUAUGCCCUAAUAGACAACUACAAUAAAUGUCAUUUGCUGCUUCAAAAUGUUUUAAAACACUAGUUUGAAAUCCAUAAAAAAUAAAUAAAUAGUGUGUUUCUGUCUGCUUAAAGUUAAUAGUACCAUGUAAGGCUCAAUUUUGCAAUUUUAAGAGAAAAGAAGCAGGCUUCCAAUCAAAACAAGCUGUCAGGAUUGUAAGAUCAUCAUUUUAUCAUAGAGUGGAAGCAUAAGUUCAUUAACUUUGGACGCCAGAGACGUUUUUAAACCUUUUCAGCCAGAUAAAAGAAGCCAAAUUGAGGUACCUACCUUACUAACUUUCGUUGUCCUCUUCACAAGACAUUUCUGUCAAUUGAGUCAUUCAUUCUCUCAAUUGCAAUGAUGAUUUGAACACAGUUAUCACAGUUAUUUGGCUGUGUAAGAUGGUUGGUUUCCUCAUUAGCUACCUGCCUUCUUUCCACAUUCACCAGAUAAUUAAAAACAAAAACACCAGUUCAAAACAGCCCCCCAAAAACCCACCCCAAAAAAGUUGCAGUUUUUCUGAAGUUUCUUCCACUUUCAACAUACAUCAUCAGAAGUGGGUUUUCAUAGUCAUAGGGUUUUCAAAGCCACUUUGGAAUUUGAUCAUUUUACACAGGCAGACAAAGGCAGUGUUAGGAGUCUUGCCCAAGGACUCUUAUUGGUAUAGUGUAGGGUGCUUCCCCAGGCAGGGCAUUGAACCUACAGUGUAGAAGGCAGUGAUGUUACCCACUACCCUCUACCAACCACUCUCGCUGCUGUAGGAUGCGGGUAAGCAUGUUUACAACAAAUAUGGCAGUUUCCUCAAUAUCGCCCAGCACUAGCCUAGUCUGAUAUUACAGGACAGUGCAGUAUAUUAAGCUGUGUAUUGUAGCUGUGCACACCUAACAUUAGCUCUCAUGCUAAUCCUCCACAGACGGCUAUGGAGGAUUUGCGCAGAAAUGCCACCUACAUGUACUUGUCUCAAAUCAGAGCCUGUUGUGCAUAAAUUUGACUCAAGACUCGAGAGCAGCGGCUUAUGAAAGGAAUUAAUUGAAUUUUGCAUGACAGCCCUUGCCCUCGUGCUGGGCUCUGUGCGCCUGACUGACUGAGACCUUUAUUCUGUCAAAUAUGAGAACUACUCACGCAGCAUUGGAUGUUACAGUUAUGCAGGGGGUACAGCCGGUAAAAGCAGAUUUCCUGACCUUUUUUCAUUGGCUUAAAACUUGUCAGCAGAUUAGAACUAAGCAGAGCUGUUGCAUCACUAUAGGAACCCAGAUGAUGAUGCUUCUAAUGUGAAUUCCUAAAAGGAGAAGAAACAUUUCAGGAUCAGUAAUACAGUCUUGUGCACAGGUUUGGGCACCCCCGGUCAAACGACAAUUUUAAGUUAACACAUCCUACAGGGAACACAAUUCUGCCAAUUUUAAUGUAGUUGUAUUUUUGCAUAAUGGAACAAAUAAUGCUUAAAAUGAGGCAAACAUUUCGGCAUAUACAACAUUCUGGGAUAGAUUUAAUAAAUGUUUGCUGUGGUGCUGCUGCUUUUUGUGCAUGCAAAUGCACCCACAAUUUAGCACUGCGUGUGCAGAAGCUGUUUUGCAUGUGCACACGAGGGCGCCACUGAGCUAAUCCUAAUGCGUGGCCAUGAUAUAGUAGGCCUGAGAAUGAGAUAGUAAGUCUUGAAUGACACCAAGUAAGGCAUAAGAACAAGAUAGUAAGUCAUGACCACAGCUUAGUAAGGCCUGAGAAUGAGAUAGUAGGUCAUGGCCCUGACUUAGUUAGGGGUGGGAAUGAGAUAGUAAGUUGUAGCCACAACUUAGUGACGCAUGGUAAUGAGAUAGUAAUUUGUGCCCAUGAAUUAGUAAGGCUUGAGAAUGAGAUAGUAAGUCAUGACCUUGACUUAGUUAGGGGUGGCAAUGAGUCAUGGCCACUUAGUGAGGCAUGAGAACAAGAUAGUAAGUGAUGACCACAGCUUAGUAAGGCCUGAGAAUGAGAUAGUAAGUCAUGGCCCCGACUUAGUUAGGGGUGGAAAUGAGAUAGUAAGUCAUGGCCACAACUUAGUGAGGCAUGCCAAUGAGAGAGUAAUUUGUGCCCAUGACUUAGUGAGGCCUGAGAAUGAGAUAGUAAGUCCUGUAGAAUGAGAGUAAGGCAUGAGAACAAGAUAGUAAGUCAUGACCACAGCAUAGUAAGGUCUGAGAAUGAGAUAGUAAGUCAUGGCCCUGACUUAGUAAGUGGUGGAAACCAGAUAGCAAGUCGUGGCCAUGACUUACUAAGGCAUGGGGAUGAGAUAGUAAGUUGUGGCCACAACUUAGUGAGACAUGGGGAUGAGAUAGCAAUUAGUGCCGUCAAUACCACGUUAUUUCUGUUAAAAAGGGAUGAUAUCAGUGGGGCUCUGUACAUUUAAUUAACACUUAAAUGUAAGCAGUUCUUUUAAAAAAUUGAGAGUAUGAUCUACGUAGUGUUCACAUAUCACUGCUUUUGGAACAAAACUUUGUGUCUCCAUUUUUGUCGUUUUUCAGUUUUUGGCAUAAUUU